AUGGCUACCUCAACUUCUACCGUCUCAAGAUUUUCACGUAAAGUUGCAUUACUUAUUGGAAAUCAAAAUUAUUGUCAAAUUGAAGAUAGACUUCAUCAUACAAUAAAUGACGUUAAUGACAUUAGUGCUGUAUUAAGAAAUAUGAAUUUUCAUGUCGAAAAAAAACAUGAUUUGAAUAAUUCAGAAAUGAUUUGUGCAUUUUCGAACUUUUCAGGUAAAAUUAUUGAUGGAGAUUUAAUUGUAUUCUAUUUUUCCGGCCAUGGAUGUGAAAUUAAUGGAAGAAAUUAUUUAUUACCUAUCGAUGAUGACUUAAUUGAAACUGAGGAAGAUUUGGAGAACUAUGCGAUUAAUAUUGAACAUAUUCUUCAUCACUUAUCACAAAACUAUUCAUCUUCUAUAAUCAUACUUAUAUUAGAUUCUUGUCGAUUACCUUAUCCAUAUAAGAAAAUAAAACGAAAUGCUAAAUGUAAAAGUACUAAUCUGCAUAAUAUGGAAUUACCUGAUGGUACGUAUAUUGUCUUUGCUUGUAGUCCCUAUCAAAUUGCUUCUGAUGGUUUAUUAACUGAAAGAAAUGGAUUAUUUGCUAAACAUUUAUUAAAACAUCUAACGAAACCAAAUAAAGAUAUAACACAAUUAUUUCGAACUGUAACCAAUGGUGUUUGUAUUGAAAGUAAACAAAAACAAAAACCAACACGGAUAGAUGGUCUCAAGGGUUUAGAACCUGUUUAUUUGAAUGAAAAAUCUAUUAAUGUAGAUAAUGGCAAGAAGAAAACGAAAUCCAGAGAAAGAUCACUUCUACAAUAA